ACCACUUAUUCCUUUGGUCACAGAUUUUCUAUAUUUUUUUAAGAAUCCCAAUUCUCUGCCUUUGACUGAACCAUCGUUACACUUUUGAGCGCCGACCAAAAGCGCUCACAGCCUCACUUAGCUCUGUGAGUAGAGACUCCAUAGCUUCUUUCUUAUCCAUGAUUAUGGCUUAAAUUCAAGACAGAAGGUCAAGAUUUGUCACCAUUUAAGAGAGUCGUGCAGGUUUUGCUUGCUUUAGUGGAUAAAGGGCGAUCUGCGAUACUGGUCAGACUACCAAUCCGAGUCCUCCACCUUUGUAUCAGUCUUCGUCUCUGAAGAAUUUUUAAUUUGAGAACGGUGAAACACCCCAUCGAAACUUGAAAGAAUAAGAAAGCUGGGUUCUUGUCAAAUCAAGGAUUUCUAGAGGAGCGUAGCUUCUGUUCUUAGUGACUGCUUUUUAAUCUCACCCCAUUCUAGUUUCGGUUUCCAUAGGAUUUUGAGCUUUUUAGUAUAUCCACCUUAACUGAAACCCAGAAACCCAGAAACCCUUUGAAGCUUGAAGUUUUCCAAGGUAAGGGGAGAAUAGAGGAAGAGGUAUUGGGUUACUCAAAUCAUCUUUUUCUAUCUUUUAUUCUCUUCUAUUGUCGAUUCCGUGGGAUACCCGUUUAAGAAAUCAGUCCAAAUUACUUGAAAGUGGUGAUUUCUGGGGGAUUUCAAUCCGGGAAAGGCAGAUUCGGGGUUCCCUAAAUCACUUUUUCCCUUUGUGCAGCACUACUUUAGAUGCUUCUUUGAAAAGCUCCCACUUAGACUCCCUCUCUCUCUCUCUCUCUCUCUCUCUCUCUCUUUCUUGUUAAUAUUGCAGAGAACAACCAAACCCAUCUCCAUAGCCAGUUUUUCAUUUGGAAACACACCUUCUCUUUUUGGGCCUUUAGAAGGGUCAGACAUGGCUGGUAGGUAUAACUUUCUCAACACUGGUAGUGUUGGGAGAUCAAUCAGAGAUGAAGAUUUUGAAGAAGAAGAUGUUUGGUCGGUUACGGUGGACAUAAACAAAUCCACUGCGAAGAUUAGAAAACCCACGCAGGAUAAGUCCUCAGUUUCUUCUACUCCAACUGUAAGGCGCCUACCAACUGCUUCAAGAAUGAUUCCAAGAGCUAACAAUUCAUCUGAGUCUCAAGAGGUUAAGGUUAUGCAGCAAUCAUCAGCACCUGUAAACAUACCAGACUGGUCUAAGAUUUAUCGGAAGAAUCCAAGGAAGGAAGCAGAUGAUAGCUAUAUUGGUGGUUUUGGUGGAGCUUCUGUACGUUAUGGUGGGGGAUUCAGUGGAAUUAUUGGAGAUGAUGAUGAUGAUGACGAUGAUGAUGUUAUCCCACCCCAUGAAUGGAUUUCUAAGAAGCUGGCGAUGUCUCAGAUUUCUUCUUUCUCUGUGUGUGAAGGUGUGGGGAGGACACUGAAAGGGAGAGAUCUCAGCAAAGUAAGAGAUGCUGUUCUUACCCGAACUGGCUUCAUAGAAUAACAACCCACCUUCAGUUUCUUCCAUGCCAUGAAUUGUUCUUUUUUUUUUUUUUUGGGGGGGGGGGGUAUUGGGAGAUCAUAUCUGGAUGAAAUUAAGAAAUUAAGAAAUAGUGAAAAAGAUUGUGUAAGUGGAAGCGCCAUAGAAUUGAGAGAUUGUGAUUUGAGUGGAUGAUAUGUAAUGGUUGUCGGUGCGUUCCUGUGGGGUAUGGUGGGCAACCCUUGAAAUUUUGUUUUCGCCAUUGAUAAAUUGGAUGAACCUUUGUCUUGGAUUUC